UUGUGAAGGACAGGAAAAUCUCGGCUUGAAUCUAUGCCUCAGAAUUUGGAAUAAAUCAUUUAGAAUAACAAUUUCUAAACAUCAGUUUGCUCCUAGUGUUAACAGGGACUGAAACGCUUACUGGAAGAUACAACUGAAGAGUGUGUGCGUGCGCACGCUAUUAUUACCGUGUCGGUAUGCACCUUGGACAAAGAACAGGGAAAGAGUCCAGUGGAGAGGAAAUAAACCGUUCCUAGUAUAUAAUUUGCCACUGAUAUCUUCAGGGUGUUGUCUAAAUAAAAGGAAGUAGCUUUGAGCUCAUCGUGCAGAGGGAGCCAAGCAGCAUGUAUGAGAGCAGAUCGGAUGAUGCUGGAAGUGACUCAACUGGAUCCGAACCAGCUGUCACUAAUGCCGACGCCCACGGCGGCAGGACAGUCAGACAGGGCACCGUUGUGGAGCGGCUGUCCAGAUAUGGCAUGCCGGUCAUGCCCAGUGCUUUCCAGCGUAGGUCGAAGCUGCAGAGGCAGCAAGAAGUCGCUGACGGCUCCACGCCGGGAGGACUGCAGAGAGAGGCUUCGGAGAGAGGGUCGCUCACACCCGCUAUGCGUAAAAAAUACCUCAAAGAGUUGCUUUUGAGCAACCCAUCACACAGCGGGUUUAGCAGCGUACUGUCCUCACACGCUCAAAGCGUGUCCUCCGAGCAGGACGCAGACUGGGCUUUGUAUCCGAUGGAGCACGCAUGGAUGCUGUCUGCGGUGGAGGGAAACUAUGAAACCAUCCUGGAGUUCAUCUCCGAGGAUCCCUAUCUGCUAUCCAGGAAGGACUUCAUCAGCGGGUACUCGGUCCUGCACUGGCUGGCCAAGAGAGGACAGGACGAGACUCUGCUCAAACUUUUGCGGUACGCCCAAAGUGCGGGGAUCCCUGUGAAUGUGAACCUGCGCGGAAGCGGCGGACUCACUCCGUUGCACGUCGCCAGUAUGCACGGCCAGUACAUGGUCAUCAAACUGCUGGUCGGAGCCUUCGGUGCCAACAUCGAUGCUAUGGACUACAACGGGAAAAGAGCCUGGCAGUACCUGAAGGAAGACGCCCCGCUGGAGAUGAAGGAGCUGCUCGGGACCUGGGAUGAUGAGCACAGCUGCGGUAGUGCGCAAAAUGUCAACAGAAACGUCAACAACAACAGCUCCGGCGCAGUGAACUUGACCCCAUGCGAUGAGGUCGAUGCCGCACAGACAGAUGAAGAGAGCACCUUUGACUGGACUAAAUGGAGUGGCAGCUGGAGAUUUGGGUGUUUUAAAAAGCUGCUACCCUCGUUUCCGUUAUUUGGAAACAAACGCUGAUUUGUUUUGAAAGGAGCCUUCAAAUAGCAGCCUUAUUUCACAGUUAUCUUACUACUUCAGGGGUUCCCAACCUGGGUGGAGGGGUUACAAGGUCACUGCAACCAUCUCCUUCUUACCAAGUCAUUGGUAAAUGUCUGCAGGUCAUUGCUGUACCUGCAGACAUUUUUAGCUAUAGACACAACUUGAUGGAGAUUGACAGUGAUGAUCGAAGGGAUGGGAUUUUUUCUGAUUCUUUAUAUUUUCACCUCUAAACAUCCUUAAAAUGAGACAAUAUAAGAUAGAAAACAACUCAUGUUACGAUAACUCAUGUCUACACUGAGGCCAUCACUGAUGAGGGUUCACCAAGUACACAAUGCUACACUUGAAGGGGUCUUUAGACAAAAAGGUUGGGAAUCACUGCACUACUUCUCCAGCACAAUCCUCUAAGUGAGGUCCUCUGUUUUGAUUAAAAAAUACUGGCACUUAAAAACUUUAAUUUUGCAUUAAACACUGUAUAAUCUCUGCUGCUGCUCCAGUUCCGUCUGUGUCAACAGCUCAAAUAUUAGUAAGAUGCUGACAUGGCCACGUUUUUCUCCAGUCUGAGAACUUCAAGUAAACAUGUCAUAGUUUGUCUUGCUACUACAUUAGGCUUUUUGAACAGCAGUGCUUUCUACAGAGCUGUGUCAGCAUUACUCCUGCACAUGAUGUUUGGUUUGACUCAGAAAAACCCUUUGCCUGUAAAUUCACAGUUCAGCUACACUUUGAAGACAAAAAAAGAAGAAAAAAAAAGACAGGAAAAACAACUGCAUUUCAAGUCUGAUCACAGAUCUUUUAUUAACAAACAUGGUGAGAUAACAUGGCUCCCUCCCUGUGGUCAGGCCCAGCAGCUGAAGGUCCUGGCAGAUGUUGGUAUGGAAGGGCACUGGGAUCCAGGGACCCUCAUGUUUACAGGCCAAGCUUGGUCCUCCUCCAGUGUCUCCUCUUGGAGUUGUACCUGUAAUGAAGCAACAUCAAAAAAAAAAAAAAAAAAAAAAAAAAAAGAAAGAAAGAAA